UUCAGUUCGAAGCUAACAAGGGCAUGGUUAGAAAUUUCUACCUUCACAAUUGAUCGAAAUUUAUAGUCAGAUAACACACAGAAAUAAUAUAUUUAUAAUAUUUAAAAUACAUUCUUGAGAAUUUCGUAAUGCCUGUUAAAAAGAAUCCUGAAAUCAAAUCCGAACAGAGCUCACCGAUUGUAACGCGACGCAGUGCCCAACAGGCCAAGAUCCAGACCCGAGCCAUGGUGAAAUCCACAUCGACUUCAACAUCGGCAGCAGCAGCCACAUCAACAGCCGCUGCCGCCGGAGCAACACUAUCGAAUCGGAGUGGAGAAGCUCGCAAACCGAGUGCAGCACUGCUAGAAGCAAAACGUCGUGCUCGCAAUCAGUUGAAAGCCCAAAGCAAUAUGUCCAACAUAGUAAUGCAUGAGACUGUCACCGAUAUAUUUCAAAAUGCUGUCAAUGCCAAAGGCAUGCUACGUGGCCCCACAGCCCUGAUCUUUGAUGAAACGAUGAGUCAACAUUGUUGCCUCUGGGAUAAAUUGCAUUGGGAGCGACCCGAACGUUUUACACGUGUCUUGGAACGCUGUCAGGAGCUGAAGCUAGUGGAUCGUUGCCUUCGCAUCAAAUCACGUUCGGCCACCAAGGAAGAGAUUCUUAAACUUCACACAGCCGAGCAUUAUGAACAAUUGGAGCUAACUUCUGGCAUACGCGACGAUGAGAAUAUGGAAGAAUUGAGCUCACAUUUUGAUUCCAUCUAUAUACAUCCGUCCACUUUUGAGCUGUCACUUUUGGCAAGUGGAUCCACCAUUGAGUUGGUGGAUCAAUUGAUCAUGGGCAAAGCGCAGAAUGGCAUGGCCAUUAUACGUCCGCCUGGCCAUCAUGCCAUGAAAGCGGAAUUCAAUGGCUAUUGCUUCUUUAAUAAUGUGGCCUUGGCGGCCAAGCAUGCCUUGGAUAAGCAUAAACUGCAAAGGAUUUUAAUUAUUGACUAUGAUGUCCAUCAUGGCCAGGGAACCCAACGAUUCUUCUACGAUGAUCCAAGGGUGCUCUAUUUUUCUAUACAUCGUUUCGAGUAUGGAAGCUUUUGGCCAAAUUUGCAUGAAUCGGAUUUCCAUGCGAUUGGAACUGGUGCUGGGCAGGGAUAUAACUUCAAUGUACCCCUCAAUGCAACGGGGAUGACAAAUGGUGAUUAUUUGGCCAUAUUCCAGCAGCUCUUGAUGCCAGUUGCCUUGGAAUUCCAACCGGAAUUGAUUUUAGUAUCGGCUGGCUAUGAUGCCGCCUUGGGUUGUCCCGAAGGUGAGAUGGAAGUGACACCCGCUUGCUAUCCGCAUUUGCUCAAUCCGUUGCUACGCUUGGCCAGCUGCCGCGUGGCAGUGGUCCUGGAGGGUGGCUAUUGCCUGGAAUCAUUGGCCGAAGGAGCAGCGCUUAGCUUGCGUAGUCUGCUCGGCGAUCCGUGUCCCCCGCUGGUGGAGCCCGUACAAAUUCCACGGCAAGAGCUAACCGAAGCCCUGCUCAAUUGCAUUUAUGCACAUCGUCCGUAUUGGCGUUGUCUGCAGCUACAGAAGACAUAUGACACAAACUCCCAGCUUGUUGGUGAUCAUCUGACAGAAUCGAGCCCUAAUGUGGAUGAGCAUCGAGUGCAUCGUGUUUGGAUUGGUGGGCCGCCGGCCAUGGACAGAUAUCCGACAAGAGACACUGCCAUUCUCCUGCCCCCCGAAGUGCAUGCCCGGAAUAAGGCACGGCUGAGAAUUUUACGCGCCGAGACGAAACUAUCGGCACCCACUGUCCGCGUUUGUUAUGCCUACGAGGAGGAGAUGCUGCAACAUUGCAAUCUGCAUGACGUGGGCCAUCCGGAGCAACCGAUGCGCAUUAAGCACAUUCAUCAGAUGCACAAGGAGUACGAAUUGUUAACCAGAAUGAUGCCUUUAAUGCCCAGAGCAGCCACCACAGAUGAGGUUUGUCUCGCCCAUACGCGAUCCCAUGUGAAUUCGAUACGUCGUCUAUUGGGACGCAGCCCCGAGGAACUCCAGGAACUUGGAGCUGGCUUCAAUUCGGUAUAUCUGCAUCCGCGUACCUUUGAUUGUGCCACUUUGGCAGCCGGUUCCGUGCUUCAAGCUGUCGACUGUGUCCUGCGCGGUGAGACGCGCAGCGGCAUUUGCAAUGUACGUCCGCCUGGACACCAUGCCGAACCGGAUCAACCGCAUGGCUUUUGUAUAUUCAAUAAUGUGGCCAUUGCCGCUCAAUACGCCAUACGAGAUUUUGGUCUGCAGCGUGUGCUUAUUGUCGAUUGGGAUGUCCAUCAUGGCAAUGGUACCCAGCACAUUUUUGAGGCAAAUCCGAAGGUCCUGUACAUAUCAGUGCAUCGCUAUGAGCAUGGCAGCUUCUUCCCCAAGGGACCAGAUGGGAAUUACGAUGUGGUGGGCAAGCAGGCUGGUCGAGGAUUCAAUGUUAAUAUACCCUGGAAUAAGAAGGGAAUGGGCGACAUGGAGUAUGCUUUGGCCUUCCAACAAUUGAUCAUGCCAAUUGCGUAUGAGUUCAAUCCCCAGUUGGUGUUGGUCUCUGCUGGAUUCGAUGCUGCCAUUGGUGAUCCAUUGGGCGGUUGUAAGGUUACGCCCGAGGGCUAUGGCCUGUUCACCCACUGGCUAUCGGCGUUGGCUGGCGGCAAGAUUAUCGUUUGCCUGGAAGGUGGAUACAAUGUCAAUUCCAUAUCAUAUGCCAUGACAAUGUGCACAAAAUCUCUAUUGGGUGAUCCCAUGCCCACGCCACAGUUCAAUAAUGGCUCUGGCGAUGCCAGGAAACCACCAACGGUCGCCUUUCAAAGUUGCCUGGAGACACUGCAAUCCUGUUUGGAGGUACAACGUCAUCACUGGAAGUCCGUGGACUUUGUCAAUCGCCGCCUGCCGGCUGGUCAAGGAGUAGUUAGCGAAAAUAAUAACGAGGAUUUUCUUGCUGCUACUUUGCAACAAUUAAGUUUAUCAAAUGACCAAGAUGCACAGGGCGCAGCUGGCGGUGCGCAAGGAGAUCAGCGGCCAAGCGGCAGCAAACCCAAAGUCAAGGUAAAAACGCUCACCGAAUUUAUGGCCGAGAAUAAGGAGGCCCUUGAAUCCGAGGAGAUGUUUGCCGUUUAUCCGCGCAAGAAUUGUCCACAUUUGGAUCAAGUAUUAAAGGAAUUGCCGCCAUCAAUAAACACAAAUGUUGCGUGCGGUGAUUGCUCUUCCCUGACGGAGAACUGGAUGUGCUUGAGUUGCCAGAAAAUCGGUUGUGGUCGUUAUAUUAACGAGCAUAUGGAAAAACACUGCCUGAAACAUUCACAUCCAUUGGCAUUGAGCUUCAGCGAUCUAUCUGUUUGGUGUUACAAAUGUUCCGACUACAUCGAUCAUCCCAGUCUGUAUAACAUUUUGAAUUUGGUGCAUUUGAGUAAAUUUCAAGAGCCCAUGGCCUGGACCUAUAGCUGUGAGAAACGUGAAGAUGGCUGUUACUCCAAUCAAUUGGAUAAGGACGAGGAUGAUGGCCAGAACGGCAGCAAUUUUUAUAUACACUUGGAACGCGAUAACUGACAUAUGCUGUUGCGCGUGCUGGAUGCCCUUACGGAUUACUUGUGCACGCUCUGGCCACCAAUUCGACACCUUUUGCGCUUCCUUAACGAGCAUUUGUGGCCUCUGUUGGGUCGGAUUUACUUAAAACUUGUGCACUACUUCCUGGCUAACUAGAAACAAACAAAACAACAACAACAACACCAACAACGAUCACCGAUAUUAACAUCAAGAACAUCCUUUAUUAUCAGCAGCAGCAUUUGCGCGCAGCAUUUGACACAUAUUCAUAUUAUUGUUAAGAAAAAGGAGCUUCACGAGGAAGGAGUUGAAUAUUUUGAUAUUCAUCUACCGCCCGCUUCUUAGUUUGUAUACAGAUUAAUUAGAAAUUGUUAAUAAAUGUUAUUGAAAUGAUUAUUAAAACGAA